CGCGCUGGUGUGGACGUGAGGGACGAGAGUGGUGAGGCCGAGGCUGUGGCGGGGUGCGCAAGUCAGUACCCAACAGCCGCCGAACAGAACGCACGCGUCACUCCGACCUCCUGAGCCUCCCUCCAGGACAACACCCAUAGCGGGCCGAACUCCAUCCCGCCGCUCACUCGGUCGCGUCACCCGCCCGCGUCACCCGAAGUAGUCGCGGAUGACGGUGACUUUGCCGGCCGGGUGUCGUCGCGUUGCAUGACACAGAAGGGAAACCAUCCGUAAGGCAGUGAAUAGGUCUCCUCGAAGCAUAUGCUCUCCUGAAACGAGUAUAUUUCUGGCCUGUGUGGUGUUGGUGUGGUGGUGGUGAUGGGCCGCGGUGACGGUGUUGAGCAAUGAGAAUCCAGCCUUCACGUGUUUGUCACAGUAGCUAUGUCGAUGGAGAAGACUCAACACCACUCGGGAUAAACACUAACCUCGCAGACCCCUGACAGACGACCACAAACAAGCCUCAUGCAACACUCGAUGGUUGGCCACAGUCGAGGGGAGGGCAGAGGGCGCCCCAACGGCCGUGCCUGUUACCACACUGAGAUUCCCACUGGCGAGGACCCACAGGACGGUCUCGAGCCCCCGUAUUACGUCCAGGAUCUCAACAAACAGAGAAGCAUUGACGACGUGAAGAAGAUGCCUGAGGACUACAGACACGUUGGUCCCACUGAGCCCCUUUACCAUCAGCCCCCUACCGCUCUCGAGACACAGGAGAGAGUCAGCGACCUCCUCUAUAGGUACCAGGGGGGCUGCGUGGCCGGGGGAGAAGCGGCGGGCAUGGUGGCUGCCGGCGGAAAUUCCCUCACCUCUCCAUAUUUUGCUCAGCACCAGCUUCGCCUGAGUCAAUCCAGCGGCCGUAGAUUCUCGCCCUUGAGACUGCACCUUGAUGCCUCCAAGUCCUCGUGGCGACGGUGUUCCUGGCGCUGCACCACCGUCGUCUUCGUCUGCGUCACCAUCUGCCUCGCUGCCACCACCACUUUCUUCGCCACCUCGCAGGUGAGUCGGUGGCACAGCACUGAGGGCUGCCUGGACGAGGCCGCCAACCCCGCCAGCGUCAACGUGCCCCAGGAGAAGGUCCCGCCGCCCCAGGGUCAGGGACAGCCCACGCCUCCCCCAGGUAACCUCGCUGCUCCGGAUGGCUGGCCUUCCCCCGCCCUGGACCCGCCUGCUGUGUUCCCUCCGCCCCGCCGAGGUCAGCAUCGGCCCAGCGGUGGCCCCCGCCCAGUGUUUCCCGCACCCCCAACCCAGCACGCCGCACCCCACCCUCCCCAGCACGACUCUUUCCUUCCCUCAGUCAGUGUUAAAAUUCAUUUAUUUUUCCACAAGAUAAAAGACAAACUGCAUGCUUUCCUUUGGCCUGUAAUUGAUGCUUCACAGGAACCCACAGCAGGCACCCCGCAGCCCACCGACCGAUACCAUCACGACCACAAUAACCACCACCACACCGCCGCCGCCGGCGCCGCCUCUCCCACACCACAGCGCCACAAUCCCAAAGAAUUCCACAUCAACUCUGUCCUGGAGGCUGGCGUGGCUCCGCCUGCUAGGGCGAGACACGAGAACCGCCUCGCCAGACGGAAGAGACAGGUUCCCGAGGCCUCGCCAGCCCCCGACCAGCCGCUUCCCUCCCCGGUAGUGUCGCUCUCCACCCAGUCCCUUCAGGAUUCAGCGUCCUUGGGCCGAAGCACGCCUGCCCUCAGCGUGGCGUCCAGCACUGCCCCGCCACGCCCCCGGCCGGAAGUACUCUCCGGGGCCUCGUCUGCGGCGGUCGUGAAUAAUCCAGCGCCUCCCGCCGCCGAGCCGCGCCCUGCCGCCCAGACCACCAGUGUGGCACAAACUUUGGCUUCCCUUGUGCCAACGCCCAUCGUCACCACACCCACCGCUACCACGCUGCCUACCAUCACACAUUCCACCCACACGCCCUCCACUCUCACUGCCACCACUGACAACAAUGGUCUCGGGGAGACUAUGGCGAGCUCGUCCACGCCCACGCCGCUCCCUGCCCAGGAAGACAAAAGCGAGUCAGAGGCGAGACCAAAAAGUGUGGUGGUGAGCGGCGCUCCCGCUGCCGGGGCCUUGCAGGGCGUAACCCGCGCCCCUGAGGAAGCGACUUUGUCCAGCCAUGUAUAUCAAGUGACCUCAGGGACGCGCCCCGCCUCAGGAGCCAUCCCUUCGCGAACGGAAGAGAGAGUGACGCCCUCACAGCUCGCCGACUCCCUCAGCCCGCCCCUGCCCGGGCCCCAGGGACGCCCCACGCCCGCCCCUCCUUCUGGGGAUGAUGUGGCUCCGGUGCUUCAAAAUGUGUUACUCGACUCAACGAACGAUGGAAAAGUGAAUUUGUUACCUUCCGCGGAAGUGGAGGGAGCGGCGUCCCUGGGGCACCAGGGGUCGCCGCGCCCCCCUGUGGUCCCCACGCACCACUCAGCUGAUGCCUCGCUGCCUCUCACACACCCUACAGCUGCGCCCCACUCCCAGACACCGAUGGACGCCACUGUGUCCUUCUCAGCAUCACAACUCACCAUCAACACCACAUUUGUAGCUUCACGCUCAUCGUCGUCAUCAUCAUUGUUAUUAUCUUUAUCAUCAUCAAUAGUAACAGCACCAUCACCUACAUCCUCCCCCUCACCAUCAGUAUUGCCAUCCUCGUCAUUCCCAGCCGCGGCGGGAGAGGCGGGCGUCGACAGGGCUGCCCAAGACCAAGACGCACAGCCCAGCCCUCGCGACGCUAACAACACGAUCCUCGGCGGCUCUCUCGGGGGCUCUGGCGCUAAUCACGACCAAGAUGGUGUGAUGCCGAACCAGCGAGGUGACCACGUCAUUACCCAUCAAGGCGGGGCCCACCAGGAGGAAAACUCCAUCCCCAAACGAGGAAACCAAGAGCCUUCGUGGCUUAAAGAGGAAGAGAUUAAGGCAGGCGGCGGAGAGGAGGGUGGUGAGGGUGGUAAUGAGAGGGAGCAUGAGGAGGACGACGCGAGACACUUCACCCGCCGCCAACACCCGCAGGAUGCGCCUUAUACCCAGGCAGAUCACGUCGCCCCGCCAGACACCCCCGCAUCCCCGCCGCCCCAGGGACGACUCUCACAUUACCCACAAAACACACACGACGACUUCAAUUCCUCACGACCCAGCGACGGCAGCCACAUUUACUACGACCCCCAGGAGCAGCGCGAUGCUCCGAGUGUCUCCCAGGACUCAGGGCGAGACUCAGCCGGUGACGAGCCUGCAACGAUCCCCGUCCCUGCAGGACAUGCAGAUAAGGCGAGUGAAGACACCGCCUCGCCCCCCACGCGGGAAAAUCAGGUGCCCUCCGCUCAGGAAAUUGCUCGGAGUCACGUUGCUUACGAGGCUGAAAGACAAAUUGAGAGGGAGGCUGUGAGCAAAGAUUCUUUCCCGGCGACCUCCAGCGAGCGGCAACAGGAGAACCAGGAGGGGGAAGAGGAAGAGGAGGAAGAAGAAGGCGGGGAGAGGCAUUAUGCUGGAGUCAGUCACGCCGCCGCGAACAUGUCAGAACAGGGAGAUAUAAGUCAUCCAAAAAUUGAAUUAAGCGAGCCAGACCACCGCGCGCCGGCAGGGAACACUCGGCCCGGGAAAAAUGGAUUUACUGAUGGAAAGGUUCGCAGCGGGGCGGCCGAGGGGGCGGCGGCGGCGGCGGCUGGGGGGGCUGAGGGGCGGGGCGCUGGACAGCCACAAACAGACGCCUACAAUGAGCCUGUUAUUGACCCCACCCCACCGAGUGCCUCCAGCCAUGACCCCGCCGACUUGUUGACCCGCGCCUCCCGGCCCCCUCAGCAGCCCACCCCGGCCACGCCCCAUCACGCCCCUGCCCACGGCAACACUAAGAGUCUGGAGGCUGCCAACAAUCCCGUCCUCGCGCUCCUUCAAGGGGAAGGAAGGCGCGGAGGCUCACACCAAACUCUGGACGGAUUACCCGCAGGAGAAGAUCAGAUCUCCAUGAUUUCCACGUCGCGAGGGGAAUAUAAUGGCGAGGAUGAAGAGGAGGGGAGGGAGGGCCUGGCCAGCCCCACCAGUGAUCCUCCUCGAUCCCCUGACACCCCCGAGCACCAGCAGCCACCGGGGCGCGGCGAGGUGAUAGGCGGUGACCACAACACACAAUUACUUGGCAGUGCCUCCCACAGUCACGCGUCCCCCGUAAUGCCGGCACGCAGCGAGGCCCAGGAUGCUGUGAGGCUGGCCGGGUCUCUACACCCCCCCGGAGGAACGGCCUUCGUGGAGAGUAGGGCGAGGGAGCCUCGGAACAAUCCAAUUGAAGGCUCUGGGGAAGUGACACCACGCUCCGGUAUCGACACUUCAGCGGCCGACCAGGUGAGUAAUGGACAUUCUUACCCCGGCGUGGGCGGCUCCCUCGCCCUGCCCGUCGUCAGCGUCACGUCCACGCCAGGCGUCCUAGACGACCAGGCCACCGCGGGGCGCUCCAACAGCGAAGAAAUUGGAAUCAAUGACGUCGCGGCCAAAGAUCAAAGAGACAAAGCAGCGCAUGAAAUAUCUCCCUCCCGCAGCAGCCAAACCGGAGAGAUUGGACCAGGGAGCCCCGCAACCCCCGCGCCCCCCGCCACACACGACUCCCACGCCACGCUCAGGCCCCUCAAAAGUAUCGAAUCUGAGAAAAAGCAAUCGGCUUCGAAGUCCACGGAAGCAUCCGCCAGAGCGGGUUACAGCGCGCGUACGGAAUCGAGUAUCGAUACGGCGGGAUCUGAAGCCAGCCAGGGACGCCCUUUCCUUUCAAGAAGCAAUCAGAUGGUCGAUGAUCCCAAUCAGGAGUCCAUCCACGCUCGGGUCAGCUCCAGGGACUCGCCUCGAGAAAAUAGAGAAGAUCAGAACGCUUAUCUUUCCGGCUGCGGCGGCCAUGAUGGAACUGCUGCGGGCGGCGGCGCGUGUCCCGGCGAAGGGGCAGCGCGCCCCCGCCAGGCCAACGCCGGACAAGGCGAGCCCGAGGAGAAUAAUUCCUGGCACGAGGCUAUUGAAGAAGACGAGAGAGAUCCCGAGAGGAUUCCAGGAGGCUCAUCGGCUCGCGCCGUGGAAGGUUCAUUACUGCCCGAACAGCGGGGUGACGAGGCCCCUGGGCAGCCCCCCUCACCUGGCAGGGCGGCCCCACCUGGCCCACCUGCCGCGAGGAGCAGUGAUCGGGAUGUAGCCAGCUACCACGGGGCCGAGACCCCCUCCUUCCCCCACACUGACGCUCCCCCUGCAGGAGGAGGCAGAGGCGGCAAUAACAGUCCAUUGGACACCGGCGGCAACAGUUCCCAAGGCGGCAGUAGCGGCGGGGCGCGCGGCUCAGGUCACAGUAUUAUGCCCUAUCGCGAUCCUCGGCAAUCCCAGGAUUCCCCAUGCAAAUGUUCCUGUCAGUGCGACGGGGGCGAGACUCCCCCGAUAAUGCCAGGGCGUGUCGCGGCAAAUCUCAAUUCAGAGGCUGUUGCAGGUGGGCCGAGCGUCUCCCCCCCUUCCCCCACUACACCCACACCCCAGCCACCCACCCCAGACCCCGCCGCCACCCCACCGCUGCCACACCACCCGCACCGCCACCACCACCACGGGCUCAGGAGGGGAACUCCCGCAGUGCUGUCCUCCUUGCACACAGACCAGGCCACCCCCACCGUCCCCACACCUCCCCUGGACACCCCCGCCACACCGCGAGAUAUAGCACCGCAAGUUUCCAACUCCGAAGAAGACCAACCAACUUCUGCCGCGUCCACGACCUCGCGAGGCGGCACGGUCGUCCACCACCUGAGAUACACGGCUGUCACCAACCCAGGCCUCACGCUGGUGCUGCCCCUGCACAGCGUCCCUCUGGAUCCCGCUGUUACCCGCGCCCCGGGCACCGCGGCGGCGAUCCACGCAUCGCUUGUGCUGGGGAAUGAAGAAGGAAGCCAGACCCAGGCCCGCCCCCAGCAGAUAGCUCCUCCUGACGGCAGCUCCUUCUCCCCUCUUACCCUGGGGGAGAAAAGGGCCUUUAAUUUAGCUCCCUAUGGAUACUGGAACCUUCAUCUUACUCUCUAUGAUCCGACAGCCAUCAGUAUCACCAUCACGAAGCCCAGGGGCACCUCGCUUGGCCUGUACGCGCGCCGCAGCUCCCUCCCCACACACACACAGCACGACAUUAUGAAGAUCCUGCGAGAGGGCUGGCAGAGAGACGCAAGGGCUUCUCCUACCAUGGAGCAGGUGUCGGUGGAGCAGGUGCUGGAGGCCGGUGACUGGUUCAUCUCCAUCUACAAUGAUGAUGGUGACCCCCACGGUGUGUCCCUCGUCAUCAACAGGGGGGACUGGGAGGAUGAGUGUCCCCAGCGGUGCCACGACAGAAGUGAGGAGUGUCUUAUGUGUCAGUGCAAAGCUGGCUACUUCGGCAUCGAUUGUUCGCAGUUGCUGUGCCCGACGCUGUGCUCUGACCACGGGGAGUACGUGGCGGGCCAGUGCAAGUGCCACCCGGGCUUCAAGGGCAAGGAAUGUCAGCUGCGCUACCACGAGUGUGAGGUGCCAGACUGCAACGGCAAAGGACAGUGCGUAGGAGGCCGCUGCCGCUGCGCCAAGGGAUCCACCGGGGAGUUCUGCGAGAAAGUCGACUGCCCACACCCGACCUGCUCUGACCACGGCUGGUGUGUGAACGGGACGUGCGUGUGUCAGAAGGGGUGGCGCGGCGCUGACUGCUCGGAGACAGACCAGGACGCCCGCCAGUGCCUUCCAGACUGCAACAACCACGGCACAUUCAACAUUGAGCUUCACACCUGCAUCUGCAACCACCCCUGGACCGGCUCUGACUGCUCCAAAAAAUCCUGCUCUCUGGACUGCGGACUGCACGGGGUGUGUGAAAAUGACGCCUGCACAUGUGAGGAAGGCUGGAAAGGCGACAACUGCUCAGAAAAGUUAUGCGACCCGAGGUGCAACGAACACGGCCAGUGCAAGAACGGGACGUGUGUGUGUAUGACAGGCUGGAACGGCCGCCACUGUACUCUGUCGGGCUGCCCAGAGAACUGCCGGAACCGCGGGACCUGCAACGCUAGGGGCGAGGACGGUAUCUGGUCGUGCAGCUGCGAGAACGGGUGGGACGGCCCUGACUGCUCCGCCAUGCUUGAGACUCUGUGCAAUGACGACAAGGACAAUGACAAAGACGGCCUGAAGGACUGCGAGGACCCCGAGUGCUGUGACCACAUCGCUUGCAACGGGUCCCAGCUGUGCAUGUCCCGAGCCUCCUCCCCCAUCGACCUGCUGCUCCGGAAACAGCCGCCCGCCGCCACCGCCUCGUUUUUCGAGAAGAUGAAGUUCCUGAUUGAGGACGACUCGCUGCAGCACUACACCAAAUCCGAGGCCUUCAACAAGAGUAUUUUAUGGAACUACUUCCACCCGAGGCGGGCGGCGGUGGUGCGAGGCCGGGUAGUGACGCGGGCCGGCCGGGGCAUCAUCGGUCUAAGGGUAAUUACCAACGAGACCCAGGAGGGAUUCACGCUGACCCGGGAUGACGGAAUGUUCGACCUCAUGGUGAACGGCGGAGGUGUGGUGUCCUUCAAGCUGGGGAAGCAUCCGUUCACUCCUAAGAUGAUACGAGUAAUGGUGCCCUGGAACAAGGUGGUGGUGCUGGACGACAUCGUAAUGACAGUCAGCGAAAGUGCAGACCACUCCAACACCUUCCGCGACCACGCCCAGCAACGCACUACCUCCCACUGCCCCCUGCAUGACUACGACCUGCUGCGCCCUAUCAUCAUGGCCACUUGGCAGAAUGUGUUCCAGGGGGAGUGUCCUCACGCAGAUGCUAUCCUGGUGGAGUCACAGGCGGUGCAGGAGUCCAUCCAGAUCCCAGGAACUGAUGUGUACCUGGUGUACCAUUCAUCUAGGGCCAAUGGUUACGAGUCCACGAUCAGAAUGCAGCUCACGCCAGACCACAUCCCCGCCACUCUGCGCCGUGUUCACCUCAGGAUCGUGCUGGAGGGAACACUCUUCACUCGCGUCUUUGAGGCUGACCCCAACAUUAAGUUCACCUACGCCUGGGAUCGCUACAAUGUGUACAGGCAACGAGUGCAUGGCGUGACGGUGGCGCUUGUGUCAGUGGGCUACGAACACGCUUCCUGCCCCAAGAUUGUGUGGGAGCACCAGACAACACGCGUGGCUGGUAACGACCUCCUCAUCUCUAUGGUGGGAGGGUUCAACUUCAACAUCCACCACACAUACAACUAUCAUCAGGGCAUCCUACAGAAGGGCGAUGGUCAGAAUAUUUACCUUGCGGGACAGCGGCAGCUCGUGACCACCGUGCUUGGGACAGGUGAGGAGCGGCAGGUGAUGUGUGGGGACAGGUGUGAAGGGGACGCCACCCAGGUGCCUCUGCUCUCCCCGUCGUGCCUCGCUGCGGCUCCUGACGGCUCCCUGUAUGUUGGGGACUUCAAUCUCAUCCACCGUGUCUGGCCUGAUGGCAAUGUCACCACUGUCACCCACGUGAAUGAGACGAGUGUGUCAUACCGCUAUCACAUGGCCGUGUCUCCCUUGGAUGGCACCGUGUACAUGAGUGACCCUGAGGCCCACCAGGUGCUGCGUCUCGGCGCCACGCGUGACGACCCGCCCGUGGUGGUGGUGGGGUCCGGCCAGCGCUGCCUGCCCGGGGACAAGAACCGGUGUGGAGACGGAGGCCAGGCCAUCCAUGCCCGUCUCACCUACCCUAAAGGUCUGGCCAUUUCCUCUGAUGGCGACAUGUACAUCGCUGACGGCACCAACAUCCGCGUGGUGAGUCGUAGUAACUCCAUCCACACCAUCAUCGGCGGUCACGAGCACCGGUCUCACUGGGCGCCCGUCCCCUGCAAUGGCACUAUCAACAUGGACCAACUGCACCUUCGCUGGCCCACUGAGUUAGCCAUCUCCCCGCUGGACGGCUCGCUACACAUCCUGGACGACCACAUGGUGCUGAGAGUCACGCCAGACAACCGUGUGCAGGUGUUGAGUGGCCGUUCCCUAAACUGCCCCACACCGCCUCACGGCCCACCUGACGCCUCCCGCACUGCCCUCCUCCUCAACCCUCAGUCCAUCGCUUUCUCCCCGGAAGGUGAACUGUACGUGGCUGAAAGUGACUCUCAAAGAAUUAACAGAGUUCGCAUCAUCACCAGUGACGGCCGCAUUUCUCUUUUCGCCGGCGCGGAGUCUGAGUGCAACUGUCGCGACCCUAACUGUCACUGCUUCACAUAUGACAAUGUAUCAGCCAAGUCUGCCAUAUUCUUCUCCAUCUCCUCGAUCGCCGUCACACCAGAUGGAGUUCUUCAUAUCAGUGAUCAGGCAGGUUACCGCAUCAGGUCUGUCCGCACAGUUCUUCCCAAGCUGAUUGAUCGCAAGCACUAUGAGAUCGUCUCUCCAGACUCUCAUGAAGUCUAUCUGUUCAAUGGUCGCGGUCAGCACACAGAGACCAAAAACCUGAUCACUGGGCAGACCAUCUACAAGUUUGUGUAUGACUCACACUCCAGCGUUAGUCGUCUGUCACGAGUUCUUGACGGUGCAGGAAAUAAGUUCCAGAUACUGCGUGAGCGAGGUGGCAACGUCAAUGCCAUUGAUACCCCACAGAAGCAGCGCAUCAAGAUCCAUCUAACCAUGACUGAGAAAUUGGAGCAGCUGGUGGCUCCCAAUGGCUACAACAUCAGCUUCACCUACAACAGCCUCAGGUCCUCCGGCCUCAUCAGCUCCAAGAUCGAGGCUUACGGUCGCACCUACAGCUACGAUUAUGAUGAGCAGGGCCGUCUCACCAGGGCCGUCCUCCCCACUGGACAGAUCAUCCAGCUCAACUUUGACCUGAGUGAGCGGGGAGCUGAGGUUACCGUGACUCGAGACGGGAAGAAUCCUGUGAAGAGCACAGUGCGCGGCAACACCCUUACACACUCAUCUGGACCCAUAGAAGCUGUGACAGAUAUGGGCGGGGAGGGCAGGCUGCAGGUACUCACAGACUGGGACCACCGGGUAUCUCUGGAGCGUACCUCCUACCGUGUGCUGGAGUCCACCAACCAAAUUGCUGCAGAAAUGUUCCCCAUCCUAUCCAAGCAGCAGACCCACAUCGGCUCCAGCUCCGUGAACCGCUACGAGUGGGUGUACACGCCGGCCAGCCACCACACAACCGCUCACGGCAUGAAGGUGUCCAGCACACUCAGAGUGAACAAUGCCGACCUCCUCACUCUGAGUUUUGACCCAGUGUCCUCUUCAGAAGCACUUUUCUCUGUGUCCGGUCAGAUGCUUGUCAACAUCACCUAUGACGUGAAGGGCAGACCUGUUCUGUGGGUGCCUGUAUCCCCACUAGUGCAAAGUAACGUCAGUUAUGAUCACUGGGGAAAAAUCAUUGGCUGGAUGCGAGGCAAUCUGUCAGAACAGUACGAGUAUGACCAUGUGAUGCGCCUCAAGUCUGUUACUUAUGCUGACAGUGCGAGAAUUACAUAUGAUUACAAGGACGAAGAAAUAAUCAAGCCACACAAGGUAAGCCAUCCAAGCGGCAGGUCCUUCGGUCUUGUGUACGAUGAUGCCGGGUCUCUGUGGCAGGUGAUCACACCCCGGGGCUCUGCCUACACUCUCAAUGUAUCCACCCUGCUUGGCUUCUACAGACUCCGUUUGGCUCUGCCUGAGGAUAAUAUCGCUCUCCAGAUCAGCCUGGAUGAGCAAGGACGUAUCCUGGCCAUGACUCAGCCAGGCCAGGGUGGGACGCUGCUGUAUCAGUAUGACAACUCUGGGCGCCUGAGUGCUGAGCUGUAUGGCCGAGGCUUCACCGAAUACACCUACGAUGACAUGGGCCUUAUCCACACCGCCAAAACCAAGCACAACCAUAUCGAUGUGCGGACAGACUACCGCUACCACGCUGGUCUCAUCAAGGACAUGCGCCUUCGCUAUGGUUCUAAGAGUGGCUUGCAUAACGUGAGGCUCAAGUUCAUCUAUGAUGCCUCGGCUCGGAUUCACAGGGUGGAGGGCGACAUAAACUCCAUCCCACUGAAGGAGGUAAUCAUUCGCUUUGACAACCAGACAGGUAUCCUCAACCUGAUCAGCGACCUGAGGAUCAUCCGCAACAACAUUCUGGAGACAAUGCUGCAGAACCCCGAUAAGGACUUUGUCAACACACGCCUGCAGGACCACUACGGCCGCCUGGCAGAGGUGGACAUGAUGCUGCAGGGAAGGACAGUUUUCAUGAUGAAGCUCAAGUAUGACAACCGCAACAGAAUAUCAGAGAGGCUCAUCGCGGCAGCUGGGCGACGAGAGGGAUCCAACGUUACUUACACCCCUGAUGGCGAGAUCUUAAAGGUGUAUGGCACGCUGAAUUGGACGUACUCUUAUGACGAGAAUGGCAACAUAGAGCAGAAUGACAAGACAGAGUCGCUGACCUACGAUGAGUGUGACAGGGUGAUCAGAGUCGGGGAGAACCGCGUAGUGUAUGACGACCGAGGAUUUGUGAUCAGCAUUGACAACCAGAACUUUGAGUAUAACACCAAGGGCUUGCUAGUGUCAGCCUGGGACAGGGAGCAGAAGUGGUCCUUUACUCUAGGAUACGACCACUUGGACCGCAUUUCUGUCUACCGGGAUCACCAGAACAAUGCCACGCAGAUUAUAUAUGGAAGACCUGAUCUACCAGACCUCAUCACCCACCUGCACAACCCCCACACAGGAGCCACCAUUCACCUCCUCUACGAUGACAUGAACCACCUCAUUGCCAUGGAUCAGCCGGAUGGAAGGUACUAUGUCGCCCCAGACCAGAAUGGAACGCCCUUCGCCAUCUUUGAUCACUUUGGCUCCCAGAUCAGAAGCCUGGUGUGGACACCUUUCGGCCUUUUGAAGGAUUUCUCUGGCACCAGUAUGGAGAUCGGUGUGGGUCCAUGGGGAAGGUUUAGGGAGCCACACACGGGUCUCAUUCUCUUCAGGGGCCAUGCAUACAAUCCUAGGAUCAUACAGUGGAUGACGCCUCGCUGGGGACACCUGACAAACCCCAAGAGGCUGGUGACAGAUGUGUUCGUGUACCGGUUCAUGAACAACAACCCAUUUGUAUCCCCACCAGGCCGUAACAGCCACUACUACACAGAUGUGUCUGAGUGGCUGGAUUUGUACGGGAUCCGAGUGAACCGCAUUCUGGGCUCAGAAUAUCUCAAGAGUACCCUGGUGAAGCCCCGUCCUGUGGUGGACGUGGACGACUUGGGCACCUCCGAGGUGGUGAGUGGCCUGUGGUGCCAGUAUGAAGCCUGCGUGGACCAUCUGCACGACCUCAGUUUCUUCUCCCACUCUAAUAUGAAGAGCAGGAUGGGGACAUGGAUCAGUGCACCCAUUUCCCGCCAGGUGUCCAUCUUUGGGCCUGGCGUGCUUGUCUCCAACAUAGACGGCCGUGUUCUUGUUACCAAAGUAGGAGAGGGUGAUUUCACAGGCGUGGUUGGUGAUGUUAUCCGGACAGUUCUGAAUAACUCGAUAAUUCUAGACGUAAGUUCCACACACAAUGGCCUUGAUACAUUCUACUUCAUCAAGAGCAGCCGCAACCGCGCCGCUGAGGAUAUGAACCACUUGAGGCGUCUGUCUGGAGUGUUUGAGGUAACCAAUACGGAGACUGAGCACGGUCAUGAGAUCCGCAUGUCCACUCCCACCUCCCACCUGGUCAUCAUGUACGGGGAGCGCAUGCAGCGUGCCCGCAGCCGCGUGUUGGCUGAGCUGAAGCAAGAGGCCGAGGAGCGAGCGUGGGAGCGGGAGGCCAUCUUGGUGAGGAUGGGCCGCGUGGGCUCACAUGGGUGGUCAGCGGCAGAGGCUGCCGAGCUGGAGCGGGAGGGCCGUGUGUCGGGCUACGUGGCCACUCACCUACAUUCUCCUUCCCGUUACCCGUUGCUGGCCUCAGAUGCUACCAACAUUGUCUUCAAACACGAAAGUUCCCGCAAACGACGCAAGAGCCGCAGAAGGUUCCGCAAGAAGAGUUGGCGACAGCGGAAGAAAGUUGAAGUCUGAAGAGAACAAUGUUUGGCGCGCUGAUUGAAGUUUUGGCAGCACUGCUGUACCCAUGAACUUCCAGGCAUACGCUACUGAAUCUGCCUUUAUCGACAGAUUGUGAUAUAAUUGUACAUAUUUAUGUAAACUUAACAGAGUUUCGAUAUAUACGCAUAUUGUGUGCGUUUUUGUUCUUUCUAUAUGAGGUGAAUUAAGAAUGUAACUUUCAUGAUUAUCAUAUUAUAUUCAGUGUUCUUAAGAGACCUAACUAAACCCAUGUAUCAAUUACGAAAACUUUUGGUGUUUCUUUCACGUGGUUUUUACUUACGACUGUAUUCUGCAGUAAUCCUACACUGUACAAUAUGUCAUGUAUUAUGUAAAGUAAAAUAAUGAGUUUUUAAUAAAUAUUUCGAUGUACAUUGA